AAGCAAAUAACGUACUCGAAAAAUGUACACAAAGGUAUUCCUUACCGUCAUUACCCUGGCCAUGGCUGCAGCCAGGCCUCAAGAAGGGCACCAUCACGGGCACGGACACGCAUAUUCCUCUCAGAGCAUAGUGCUUCACAAAAGCCAUGGACAUGAGCACGAGCAUAAACACCAUGACCACUCUGCUCCGCAGCAGUCUGGCAGCGAGAAGAAACAGGAGGAACAUCACCACGAUUACUAUGCGCACCCUAAGUACGAGUUCGAGUACAAGGUAGAGGACCCGCACACCGGCGACAAGAAGUCCCAGCACGAGUCCCGCGACGGCGACGUCGUGAAGGGCUACUACAGCCUGCAUGAUGCUGACGGCACCAUCAGGAUUGUUCACUACUCCGCCGAUAAACACAGCGGGUAAGAGAUUUAAAAUAAUUACUUGUAGCUUGUAGCUUAAUUGAGAUUCCUAAUUAGAAUUGAACGAUGAACGAACUUAUUUCAACAUGAACUUGUAAUACACUAAAACAAUGUGCUCUAAAUGACCCCUUUAAGUUGCAAUGAAAUGUAAAUAUACGAACGUUAAAACUAUAUUUUAAUCACAAACCCGUUUCUUUUUCUUUUCCAGUUUUAACGCUGAGGUCACGAGGGAAGGUCACGCUAAGCAUGUAAUCCCUACGCACCAUCAUUGAAAACUCUACUCGUUGUAUUACUUUGUUGCCUAUUGUUAAUAAAUUUUAUGAAAUGUACUUGUUUUUUUAUUCAUGUUUUAUUUUUGAUACUGCGGUUCAAAAUCUUAAUGUGCAAAGUUUACACAAUUCAGAUAGGAGUAGUUGCUCAUAUCAGCUGAACUUUUUUCACUCCACCAGCCAAAACCAAAAAAUUCACCUUAUCUUAGCUGCUAUGUAUGUUACAGUAAUAACAACAUAAUAUGGGUGUUUUCUAUGUAUAUAUCCAUGUUUAUCGACG